UCGUCGCGUAAUGACUGAGUGCGGUCGCGUAUUCGAGAGGGUUUCGUAUAAUCGCUGAUGUACUUUGUCUGAUGAUCAUUGGAUUGAGGUGCUGUUUUUUUUUGUUGUUGAUCGCAAAUAUUAUAAACAAGAUCGGCAUUCAACGCCAUUGCUUUGCCAAAAAAAAAAGUUCUCAUGAGAAGAUGAAUAUUUAUGACCAGCUAGCACAGAGUAAGUGAAUUGAUGGCAGUCUGGGCUAUUGAGUGAGAAAUUAAUUUUAAUUACCAUUGAACAAUUAAAUGUGAUCACACCCAACAGCGAAGACGACAACGAUCUUGCAAAGUGAUUUCUGAUGUGCUGGGAGGUCAUGGUGAUAGAGUGGGAGGGAUGGGUGAUGGCCUUACCAAUCGAUGAAGAAAAUUCUGCUGUGGAGCUCUUGAUGAUGAAUGGCAGCAGCCAGCAUAUGUAGCUAGAUGGAGUGUCCAGACGUGUUCGGAAUGGAACGUGCUCGAAACAACGUUUGUCCUGCUUCUAGUGAAGAAGUUCAGUUCACCCAAGUUUAAGUGUUAAAUUAGUUCAAUUAUUAGUAAUUAAUAAUUUGCUACUUCGAUAGUUUGCCACGCAACCUAAAAGUUGUACUGUGCAGGAGGAGGACCAUAUCCAUGGAAGUGAUUGUUCCUACGUGCUUGUUUACUCGGGAGGUUCCUGUUACUCAACUUAUAACGUUUCACACCCCCAUAUCGUCGCAUGAGUACACUCAACUUGUGUCACGCGUGGUCAACGCAGCGAUAGCGCUUUUCGAAAUCGUUCAAUCGGGCAGCCGCAGUAGUGCAUCGCGGGAAAAGUGACGGGAUUCUAAAUUGAUUCUGACUACUAUUGCACAGCGUUGUCAUCACCUCACCACCUGGGGUGUCUGUGUAAUGUUUGAUCAAAGUGCGGUUAGUGCAAUAUUGAAAAAUAGCAGUGCUAUUUGUUUGCGAUGUUCGAUUGAAAUAAAUGACGAAUUAGGGUUUCGUCCGACUUCUGCUCAAAUAUCCACCACUGUGCCACCAUCAGUUUAGAAUAUCGAGCAAAGUAAGUGAUGAUAGGUACCCAGCAUGCUUCAAAAGUGGCAAUUUACAGCUCCUGAUUAUCGACAAAUUCCUGACCAAGGUGCAGGGCCGCGUGGUCGUCAACCGUGUUGGCAUUCGGGAUCAGUAAAUUGAUUGAUGAACAUCGAACGUGGUUUGACGGUUGGGAUUUUGUGCUUCGGAGCAACUAUGGGAAUAGCGUGCAAACGAAUCGAACGGCGAGGAAAAGUGUCACUUGUGUGAAAUCGUGAGCAGCCAGUUGACGCAACAGAAAUCCAACUUAAUCGGACGUCGUGAGUGAGAGUGAAAAUGGCCAACAGGUGGUCCAUAACGGGCGGUGGUCCCGGCAGCAAAGAGUGCGGUGACGAGUUUGAAAUCGCGGUUCUAUUGGGUCGAUCCGAUUCGAGCUCUCUGCCAAUGCGGCGGGUGAUAGACGACGAUAGUGAAAGGGGACCAAUUGGUUCCGUUGGUGUUGGUGGCGAUGCUGCUGACAGUGGUGAUGAUGAUGAGCAUGAUGAUCGCAAUGAUCGUACUUCCGGUGUCGGCGGUGCUCGUGAUAGUGAUGACGAGGAGCGGAUUAUGAUUUUCGACGAACAGCGACCCCUGCGCAGCAAACGGCAGGCAAAUGCGAAAGUGAAGAUGUAUAAAAACUCCUCAGUGGAUCUUUCGCCUAAACCAAUCUCAAGGGACAAUGAGCAGCAUUCGACGACAGCAUUGAACCUCAACACCUCAGCACUCAACAGCAGCAGAAGUAGUAGCAUCAACAACAUCCCAAGUCCAACCCCGACCUCGAACAGCGCCAGCAACAGGAUGAAGAAUGCCACCACAGCCACCCCCAAUAGUAGUAACAACAACAACCACAAUGCCGCCACCGGUGGCAGUGGUAACGGUAACAGUGGCGGCAAAAGGACACCCCACGGGAAACAUAAAAAUUCCGACGAGGACUGCGACGUCAUCGGAGACCUGAUAGGCGACUACGGCAAGUGGCAGUUUGUGAUGACGUUCCUGCUGUCGCUGUUCCAGGUGCCCAACACAUUCCACAUCUACUCGCCCACGUUUCAGGCAGCAGAAAAAAGCCACUGGUGCCGACGACCGUCGCAUCUCAAUGACAUUUCGGUGGACCUCUGGCGGAACGUGACCCAGCAGCGGGAAAACUGCCGGAUACUGAACUACGACUGGGACUCGGUCGGAUCCGAACAAACCCUGCGAAAUCUGAGCAUACCGGGCAAUCUGUCACACGUGAGCUGCAUUUCGUGGGAGUUCGAUCCCAACGAUAAUCUCGGUAAUACAUGGGCCUCGGAAUGGAGUCUGGUGUGCGACAAGGAAUACCUGAAGGACGUGGCGGAAAUGUUCUUCCUGGUUGGAGUGGCCACUGGUGGCAUCACCAGCGGGGUGCUGUCCGACAAGUUUGGGCGAAAAAAGAUGCUGUUCAUUUCGGCUGUUCUGCAAGCGAUUUUUGGCCUAGCAUUGUACUUUGUGGAUUCGUUGGAGUUUUUGUUGAUUCUUCGAGCUCUGCUAGGAAUCGUAUCAGUGUCAGUUACAUAUGCUGGACUGAUUCUGGCCAUCGAAUACGUGGAUGGCAAAUGGAGGACCAUUGCCGGAAUGUACAACCUGUUCCCACUUCCGGUAUCCUACAUCAUGAUCUCGGGAAUCGCUUACCUAACACAGGACUUCAGAAGUUUACAACUCUGUAUUGGACUACCCGGCGUUUUCCUAUGCUUCUUAUGGUUCGUACUUCCGGAAUCCCCCCGGUGGUUACUCUGCAAAGGUCGCGUGGCCGAGGUGAAGGAAAUUGUGCGGAAGGCGGCCGCUUUCAACAACCGACCUCUGCCGGACAAUUUGGACAAACUGCUCAAACCCCCAACGGACGAGGAGGAAACCGCGGCUGGAGUGUGCGAACUGUUUCGCUCCAAGUAUCUGCGACUGGUCACGUUCUGCUUCCUAUGCAUCUGGUUCACAAUGAAUCUCGUCUACUACGGCCUGGUGCUCAACAUGAACAGCUUCGGCGGGAACAUCUAUUUGAAUUCGGCACUGGCGGGACUGGUGGAAAUACCGGCAAUCGCAAUGGCAAUGUACAUCAUCAACAGGACGGGCAAGAAAUGGCUUUUCUGUGCGACAUUUUUUGCAGCGGCUCUUGCGUGUUUGUGUGCAGCAGUGGUGGAAGGCAAGGAGGAAUAUUUGUCGUUGAAAAUUACCUUCCUCAUGAUUGGUAAAUUCACAAUCAGCGCCGGCAACACAAUUAUGCCCGUCUACACAGCCGAGCUCUACCCAACUGCCAUCAGAAAUGUUGGUGUCGGCGCUUGCAACCUAGCGGCUGGAUUUGCUCUUGUGCUUACUCCCUAUCUCUCUAUGUUGCCUAAAAUCGAGGAUCACCUUCUGAUGUCUCUGCUCACGGCCUGGUGCAUAUUUGGGGCUAUUGUGAUUGUGUUCCUACCGGAAACCAUGCAGCAUCACGACCACGAGGAACACGAUGAGGAAAAAGAAAUUGAUACGCAAGUGAUGACUUAAGGUGCUACUUGAAGUCGAUUGUUUUCUGUGGACGGGGCUGACCGCCGCCCGUCGAGCUGAACCAUGAGGAACCGCUACUACUGCCAUAUCUAGAAGUUGUUCUAUGUAUUCUCAGAUGUUGCCAACUUGAUUAGUGAGAUGUUAGGGAGUGAGUGAGUAUGACGUGCAUGAAAAUAGCUACAAAUGCUAGAAGCUUGGAACAAAUUGGAAAAAUGUCAAUUUUUGUGUAAGUAUUUAUAACCAAUAAUGUGAAUGUUUAGUGAUGGUUAGUUAUUUCCGUUCUGUAUGAUACGUGAGUGUUGUGUGAAUUCGAUUACUGGAAGCAUUUAAAAAUCUAAGCAAGAAUAACGAUAGGAUUUUGAAGAAUGCUGUCGAUGCCAUAACGAGCAGAAAUCAAUAGUCAUUACCAAUUUUACUCUAACAAAUAGAAGGCGCUAGUGUAAUUUUUAAUUCACACAGGAAUGAUUACAAAACUGAAAAUAGCCUACGAAUUUUCGAUGGAUUUUCUGGCUGGUCCAGAAAAGACGUUUUUACGACACUAUUUGUAUAAUGGUCACCUGACAAUUAUUUACACAAAUUAACAAAUACAGCUGUAUACGUUGAUCGCCAUACAACCAUACGAACGCAAUAGUCUUGUCGAAAAAUAGCAAUUCUGUUCAUUAGAAUUUUUUAUUUUGCCAUAAUUUUCAGCAAUUGGCCCAGAAGUCAGUAUUACAAAGAUAUUUUUUGCGAGCAUAGUUCAGAAGGACCAUGAAUUAAAUAUUUUAGCGGAAUUUCAAGACAGUAUGUUGGUUAAUAUCCAGGCAGGAAUGUCCAAUCGCUAUGGAGUAAAAGGCAAAAUAAUGCAAAAUGGGUAUGGGCAACGUUCACGAGCUUUCAUUAUCCGCUACAGCUAUUUAUUACUUCCCAGAUCAUCAUUUUUCUCUUUUAAGUUGGGACUUUUCUAUUUAAAUUUUAUAUUUUACUAAUCCGUGAUUCGAUAUGGACCCAAGCUUAUCCUAGAUUAUUCAGAGAUUUUUCUCGCUGAUCGCUGAUCGCAAUUGAGAUUAUCUGUACUGUUGUACAUUGCGGAAUACCAUUUUGCAAAGUUUCAAAACAAGAAUUGUAAGUUUUUUAUACACAUACUGUAUUGAAGUAAUACAAAAUUGUUAGAUUUCAAUACAAUGCAAUGGUUGUAUUAUAAUCUUCCGAAAUUGUAUAUGCAACAAUUUUAUAUAGUUUCUGUAAAAUUCUUAUGCAGAACUUAAAAUCUGCCAAAAUACGGUUGGGUAUUUUCAAAAGGCGGGUUUGACAAGAUCAUGAUACGAAGUAUCGCAAUACCCGAUAAAUAUAAAUUACAUAAAAAGUACUCUGUCGUAACAUUAUUGUUAAAGUUAUCCUGCAUCGUUAUCUCGUAACUAUAUGAUGCAAUUGAGAACAAUUAAGAGGAUCAAACUGAGAAAAUCUAAGCAAUCUUCUCAUAAUGUAAAAUAGAAAAUACCCACAGUGUAUUUAAAAUGCCGCAAAAUUUUGCCUUUUUCUCCAUGGUGUAAAGUCGCAGAGUUUCUGCGUGUCAAUAAUGCACCAACACGAAACAUAGUCAUAGAAACAUUGCAUUUAGAAAAUGAUGUUACAUGCUCGUCACAGCGACACAGUAAAAAUAUUAAUCAUAAUAGUACAGAAAAUGGUGCAAACAAAAAAAAUAAAUAUUUAGUAUUCAAAAGAUGAGGAAUCGAUGUCGCAAUGUGAUAAAUUGGCUAUAUGAAUAAAACCAUUAUAUUCGGGUAAUGCUUUCAAUGUUCCAUCAAAACGUCCGAGAAAAAAAAAUACAAAAUCAAACUUCUGAUAGUAAUAAAAUAGUAACCUAAUAGAUCAGUAAGAAUAUAUUUGAAUGUACUUAAAUUGUCAUUAGGUGUGUAACCAAUAACCGGUUUGUUAAUCGUGGUGUAUAUUUUAGUUAUGUGAAGUGAAACUAGAUUUGGACAACACAUUUUUAUAGCAACGAAAUAUUAUGAAAAUAUUAUGACCGUGGACUGGACAUCCUUCCCAAUAAUUACCAUAUUAUGGUGCAACGUUCUUCCAUGUUUCUUUCAUUGAAACUGUUUUCAAUUUAUGUAUUAUGGACGUGGAUAUCGACAGAUUUGAUACUAGCGAGGGUGCGGUACUACCAUCUGGAUACGAAAUAUAGAGAAAAUAAUAUGAUUGUUAUUUUGGUUUGAGAGCAUUUACUGAAGAAAAAGUAGAAAAAUUCGAUGAGGAGUAUGAACCAUGAAGGUUUGGUUUGAUAGAAUAGAAUGUUUUUGUAUAUUUUAUGGAUUAGUACUUAACUCAUGAGCGAUCGUGCAGAAUAACGCGGUCUAAACUCGUGCAAUGCUUUGAAACUAAAUAGAAGCUAUCAGCGAUAUUCACACAACUAGGAGCUAGGAAUUAAAUCCAUUUCAGAUAUGUAAUGAAAUUAUGACAUGAACAAUUAAAACUGUAAAUAUCUCCAUUCGCAUCGAUUGUAAUACCAAAGGAAAACUAAGAUUGGUGAAAAAUGCUUCGUGCUGACUAGGAUAACUAUAAUAAAUGUGCAAAAAAUAA